UAAUAAGUCAGCUCACAUGUUGGAGUCUUCGCAUUAGUCACUAUUGUUCGGACUGAAUUCGUCUUCAAAAUGUUUCAUAUGUGGGUCGCAGUUUUCAUUUUUCAUUUAGUGCGAUCCACCAUUUCACUAAAUUUCGAUGUUUCGUCGGAAAUGAUCAACAAACAAGGCCUACCACGUUCAGGUGUCAAAACGUUUGACUUCAAAAACUUGGGACCUGAUCCACAGUUGGUGGAAGAAACUUUUAACAUAAAGAGCCGAGGGUUCGGAACAGUUGAGCGAAAACUGCUGUUGGACAUCAAAGCCAGAGUUGAUUCUCUCUCUCCCAAAUGCAAAGUGACCGCAUCAGAGUGUCCUAAUGGUUGGGUUCCGUUUGAGAACUCAUGUUACCUCGUAAUCGACAUCCCAUCACUAAAAUGGAGCGACGCUCGAAGAACGUGUCAGAAUUUGGGUGGAGAUCUUGCUGUCGUCAAAGCUUCUGUUGAAAACAAUUUUAUUUUUGAGUUGAUGAAGAAGCAGAAGACCGUUACAUAUUUGGGCGUGUGGCUUGGCCUCUACAGAAAAGCAGACGACAAAUUCUACUGGGUGGACGACACUCCAGCGGAGGCAGGGCAGUAUUCUGCUUGGGCAGGUGGCGAAGCAAACCAUGUCACAGGGAGUUGUGCACAUAUGUAUGGAAACGGGAACCAACAAGGAAAGUGGAAUGACGUAGUGUGUGACCUGAACCAGCAGGUUUUAAGCUAUUCUCCAGUCGUUCUUUGCCAGAAAAAGGCUGACUGAGGCAGCUGGCAAUUCUGCUUUGUUUUUGAUGACUUACUCGAUUGUUUGAGGAUUCCAUAAGAUAAACACAACUAAUAUGAUGUACUGCCAGUUAACCUUUUAAUCCUAAUUAAAAUAAACUUGAUGAUGGAUGAAGCCUGA